UUUGUGUUAGAAAUUUAUUUUAAAAGAAUUUUAGCAGUAGCUUAUUUUUAAAAUGACGAUAUAAGUGAUCCGAUGUUAAUAUUUGGCGCCAUUUCAUGGCACGAAGGCUUGACUGCAGCAGGAGAAACAACAGAGUAGUUGAGCGGCAGGCAUCAGUCCUAAAUCCCCCAGAACCUGGCACCGAUACGAAUAAUCGCUGUUGUUGGGGCCGAGUAUGGUUUGUGCAAGACAUUUGCGGGAUAAUUUGUGCCAUAUUGACAUGGAUGCUUGUGUUGUAUGCAGAAUAUGUGGUUGUAUUCAUCAUCUUAUUACCAUCACCUCAUCCAUAUUAUAGUGCUGUGAACUUUGUCAUAUUCCAAUCUCUUGCAUUCCUAGCUAUCAUAUCACACCUGAGAACGAUGUUUUCAGAUCCAGGUGCUGUUCCUAGAGGCAAUGCAACAAAAGAAACUAUACAACAGAUGGGUUUAUGUGAUGGCCAAGUAGUAUACAAGUGCCCUAAAUGUUGCUGCAUAAAACCAGAGAGAGCCCAUCACUGCAGCGUAUGCCAGCGAUGCAUACGAAAGAUGGAUCAUCAUUGUCCUUGGGUCAACAAUUGCGUUGGUGAAAAAAACCAGAAAUAUUUUGUUUUAUUUACUUUUUACAUUGCUGUGAUAUCUUCUCAUGCCUUUAUUCUUGCGAUAAGUCAUUUUAUUACAUGUGUGAAUAGUGAUUGGAACAAAUGCUCCAGUGCAUCUCCACCUGCUACUGUAAUUCUUCUGCUUCUCUUAAUAUUUGAGGCUCUUCUUUUUGCAAUUUUCACAUUUGUCAUGUUUAGUACCCAAGUACAAGCCAUUUGGAAUGAUGAAACAGGCAUUGAGCAAUUGAAGAAGGAAUCUGUACGAUGGCAGAAGAGAUCACCAUGGCGCAGCCUUCGCUCUGUAUUUGGGCGAUUUUCAUUAGUUUGGUUUUCUCCAUUUAGUGGACCUUCCCUUCAUUUCAACAAAAUUGACAGUUACCUACAUGCCGUGUAA